AAGAGGAAAUAUUUCAUAAUAUUCGCAAAAUGCCAAAACUACAAAAGAACAAUGCAUUAAAUUUAAUCGAGUCAAUGCAAAAUCCGAAAGGAAAGCAUAAAAAUGAAAUUAUUUCGGUUUAUCUCCAAAGGAAAGCCCUCGAAUUUAUUACGGAUAAUC